GGUUCUGAGGUGCUCUGCGAGCCUGUUCGACUGGAACUUUCUGGUCCUCUGUUCCAAAGGCAUCGAGACCAAGAUGUGGAAUAGUUCCUUCAGCAGCUCCAGCAGGGGAGCCAGGGGCUACAUGUAGUCAUUGGGUGGCUUUGGGUCACCCACGCCCUCUCAGGCUGAAAAGAAAUUGAGAACCCGAGCCCAGCACAUUGUACCCUCUACUAUAUCCCAGCUGCUUUCUGCCACUCUGGUUGAUGAAGUGUUCAAGAUUGGGAAUGUUGAGAUUUCACAGGUCACCAUUGUGGGGAUAAUCAGACAUACAGAGAAGGCACCAACCAACAUUGUUUACAAAAUAGAUGACAUGACAGCUGCACCCAUGGACGUUCGUCAGUGGGUCAACACAGAUGACGCCAGUGGUGAGAACAAUGUGGUUCUGCCAGAAACAUACGUGAAGGUGGCUGGUCACCUGAGGUCUUUCCAGAACAAGAAGAGCCUGGUAGCCUUUAAAAUCAUGCCCCUGGAGGACGUGAACGAGUCCACCGCUCACAUUCUGCAGUGCCACCAUUCCAUAAGGGCACCAGCUAUUGUGAAUGCUGACAGGCAGCACUGCUGUUCCAACAAGCUGCAUAGUGCAUUGAUGCUCAUGCCCACUCUGGAAUCUGCCAUACUACAGUUCAUGAGAAGGGCAUUAAAGGGGCCGGCAGUGUGA